AUGGCACACGGGCACGGCCAUCACCUCCACGCUCGCAGCCCCGAAGAGCUGGAAGAGCGCGAUCCUCAAUUCCAUUUCUUUACGGUCGAGAACAACGACAAUGACCCCAAACCCACGGACAACAGUAACCCCCCGAUGGGUGUUGGGCCAGCAGUGCAGGCAGCUCCGACAGAAAAGCAGCAGCCCAAGGAGACUGUGAAGAACCAGCCGGCCGAGACAGAGACCGAUACAGAGAAGCAGAAGCCUGCGAAAGAGACGGCGAAGGACACCGACACCGAAAAGGCCCCUAAGCCAACCGAAACGGAGAAGCAGCCGCCUGCGCAACCCACCGAGACAGAAAACACCGACACUGAAAAGGCCAAGCCGACUGAAACGGAUAAUGAGAAUAACAAACCGGCGGCGGCUCCCAAGACCGAUGAUGCUGCUGCUGCCGCUAUCACACAUGUCUCCAACAAUGACCCGAAGCAGCCAGCCGGCAACACCAUGGUGACAACCACAUCAAACAAUGUUGGUGGUGUCAACAACUAUCUCGAUGCAACGUCGACGGCUUCCGUCACAGCCUCACCCACGUCCGCACCCAGCUCAAGUUCGAGCAGUGGCCUGUCCACCGGUGUGAUCAUCGGUGUGGCUGCCGGUAGUGUCGCCGGCGUUGCCCUUAUUGCACUCCUCGCCUUCUUCUUGAUCCGCAAGAAGAGAAAGGCCCGGGAAGAGGAGGACGAGAAGCCAUUCGGGGGCUCAAGUCUUCCCGCGCCGCCGCCGCCUUCAUCGGCUCCACCGAUGUCUGGCCCCAACGGUCCCUCGGCCGCUCCCCAGAUCCGCACUGUCCCCAAGUUCUCCCCCGAUAUGAGCGCCAGCGCAGGAUUCAACGCCAGCGCUGGUGGCUCUGCCGCCCCUGCACGCAACCUCACAGGCAAUUCCCCUCCAACCACACCGCAAGACCCGUUCCAGGAUCCAGUCAACCCGUUCAGUACUUCUACCACGCCGGUCUCCGAGCAGUCAGCUGCCAUUUAUGGAACUGCUGCCGCUGCAGGCGCUGCGGGUAUGGUUGCCGGUGCGGCCAUCGGUUCUGAGAAAGACCUUCGUCGUUCGCCAACCGGGGAACCGCGAGGCCCCUCGCCUCCCAGCCCUGCUGGCAGUGCGGAUGCAGUAUCCAUCUCAUCCGGCAUGAUGGGUCCCGGCGGUGGUCCUUCGAAUGUUUACCGCGUGCAGAUGGACUUCAAUCCGUCCAUGGAAGAUGAAUUGGGUCUUCGUGCUGGUACUCUGGCUCGAAUGCUUCAUGAAUACGAUGAUGGAUGGGCUCUUUGCAUCCGUCUCGAUCGGUCUCAGCAAGGUGUGGUCCCACGGAGCUGCCUGUCGGCGCGCCCUGUGAAGCCUCGCCCGCGCGGACCUCCUGGAGGUGGUCCUGGUGGUCCUGGUCCUCGAGGUCCCCCGCCGAUGGGCCCCGGUGGCCCGAGGUCACCAGGACCAGGUGGCCGUGGCCCUCCAUCUGGGCGCUUCUACCCCCAGGAAGGCCGUCCACGAUCCCCUGCCGGCCCUGGCUACGGCCCGCCGCCUCCGCGUCCCUACCCUGGUAGCCGGCCCAUGUCCCCGGCUGGAUACCCAGGUGGCCCGCCGCCCCCAGGACCUGGACGGGGUCCUCGCUCCCAGAGCCCCGGUCCCUAUGGUCCGCCGGGGAUGCAGAGACCCGUGAUGCCCUUCGACCAGCGGCCACGAAGCAACAGCGCCGGCAACAUCUCACCGUCUAAUGGCCCUCCUCAGCCCCGAUCAAGCCCGCUGGCCGACGGGCCCAUGCCUCCGUCCCCAGCUCCCGCUCCUACAGGCGGCCUGCCCGCUAUUCCGCGGAGCCCGGUGUCUCCCCCAAAUUUCUAG